AUGCAUGUAUUCACACACACGAACCUACACAAGAGGAAGCUAAUUACUUGAAUAGCUAUUUAUCAGCUUUGUAGUUAGCUACCAAAUCACAAAAAAAAUAAUUAAAAGAAAGCAGAGGAAAUUGAGAAUGGGAAAGGGCAUAUCAUUGUUAUGGCCGUCGAUGGAAAUGGGAAUUGCAGUGGGAGUGAGCUUGCUGCUGGCGAUGAGUGUGGCCAGUAAAUGCUUUGAUGGAGAAGGAGAAGUGCUCCUCAAGUUCAAGCACAACGUUCUUGACGAAGAGGACAAGCUAAGGUCUUGGGGCAACCACAGUGAAGAUUGCUGCCGCGAUUGGGAGGGGGUCAGGUGCGAUGACGCUGCGGGUCAUGUCAUCCGGAUUGAGCUGACUAGUAUGGGUCUGUCCGCGAAAGGUGGUGGGAAGUAUACCACCAGCCUUCCAUUCUUUGAGCUGCAAUAUUUGAGGUAUUUGGAUCUCAGUUAUAACUAUGAACUGCUGGGAAACCAGAGCAUCUCAUCAUUGAUUGGGAACAACACUAUGCUCUCCCUUCAACAUCUAAAUCUUAGAUGGACCGGAAUUGUGGGCACCAUUCCUGAAACUUUUGGAAAUAGCAUGCCUGCCCUUACAUACCUUGCUCUCUCAGGUAAUACCUUAGAAGGUUCUGUUCCCGAAGCUCUAGGGACUAUGUCAGUACUUGAACACUUUGACCUUGGGGAUAAUAGACUUGAAGGAGAAAUACCUAAAUUCAUUUGGAACAUAUGCACUCUGAAGGUCUUGAGCUUGGAUUACAACAGUCUUGGUGGGAACCUUAUCAUAUCCACACUAUGCUCAAACCACUCUCUGCAGGAACUGCAUUUAUCAAGAAACCGACUGACGGGGUCAUUUCCUGAUCUCACCAAGUUCCCCUCUCUAAUUAAAUUAACUAUUGGUUAUAGCCUCCUCGGUGGGGUCAUUUCGGAGCAUCACCUUGUUACACUCUCCAAGCUACGCGUCCUGGUCUUAUCUUCUAACAAUUUCACUUUCAAUCUCACCUCGACUUGGCUUCCUCCUUUCCAAUUGGAACGUAUAGACCUCCGUUCAUGCAACUUGGGACCUCGGUUCCCCAAUGGCUUAGAACGCAAGUCAACAUUAGCAAUCUUGACAUUUCCAAUAACGCCAUCUCGGAUUCAAUCCCCUCCUGGUUUUGGAAUACACCUAUUACCGGAUUUAUGGAAGUUAAUAUUUCUAAUAACGGAAUCAAGGGAAAAAUUGAAAUUGGUGCUCAAGCAUCAGUCAGCGGUGAUGUUCUUGAUAUGAGUUCCAAUCAACUGGAAGGUGCCAUUCCACCCCGUUUCUUUAAUGUGAAAUUACUGUUUCUUUCUCAGAAUAACUUCACCGACCUCAACUCCCUAUGUGAUGUCAAGGCAUUUUCUCCUUUGCAGCUUUUGGAUGUCUCAUCCAAUCAACUUUCCGGAACACUUCCGGAUUGCUGGUCAUAUCUCUCUAGUUUGGAAGUUCUGUACCUGGGAAACAAUCACAAUCUAUCUGGGACUCUUCCAACAUCCAUUGGGUCAUUGACUUCCCUGAAGACAUUGCAUCUUGACAAUAAUAAUUUUACAGGCCCUCUACCUUCAUCCAUUAAAAAUUGCUCCAACUUGGUAUCUUUAGAUCUGGGGCACAACAACUUGUUUGGAUCAGUACCGGAUUGGGUGGGUGAAAGUCUAACACAACUUGUGAUACUUGUGCUAACAAAAAACAACUUCAAUGCAAGUGUACCAACAAGUCUUUGCCAUCUCCAGUCUCUUCAGUUGUUGGACCUGUCCUUGAACCACAUAUCAGGGACUCUUCCCAAAUGUCUUUCUAAUCUCACCCAAAUGAUAACUGUAACAGGAGGUGAUAGCAAUAAUAGCAUUGCCGCCACUACUAAUCUGAUAUUGUUUCACACUGAUGUUUCAAACAAUGGAUCAUUUGGAUUGUCAAUAGAUGACGUGAUAGCCAUUAGGUGGAAAGGUGUCAUCUCUGAAUUUGGAAGUACGUUACGAUAUGUAAAGAGCAUAGAUCUAUCGUCCAACAUGUUGGGUGGUGAAAUUCCAACUGAAAUCACAUCCCUUGUAGGGUUGGUCUCGUUGAACUUAUCUCAAAACAAUCUAACGGGACACAUUCCUCCGAAGAUUGGUAACUUGGCACGCUUAGAUACUCUUGAUUUAUCUACUAACCAUUUGUCUGGUAGGAUUCCUCAAAGCCUUGCCUUGAUUCCUGGCAUAAGCGUUCUCAACGUGUCCAACAAUAACUUAUCUGGCAAAAUUCCGAAAGGCACUCAACUUCAGAGCUUCAAUGCAUCGGCCUACACGGGGAAUCCCGCGCUAUGUGGAGAUCCACUCACCAACAGCUGUUCAAGAGAAGAAUCUGCUCGUCCUACUGCUCCUCAAUUCAAUGAAGAAGGAGAUUCUGAUAGAGAAGAAAAGGAUACACUUCUUGGUGGUGAGUUUUAUGCAAGCAUAGGGGUCGGAUACGCGGUUAGUUUUUUGGGAGUUCUUGGGACAAUGCUAUACAACAUGUCUUAGAAGUUUGCAUUUUUCGAAGUCUUGAAAACCUUGCUAAUUGGACAUAUGUUGCGCAAAAAUUUUAUAGAGCCUCAUAUGACUCCAUACUUCUAUGAGAGGUGAGGUCUAUGAGAAGUUGGAUCAAUAAACAACUUAGAAUUGGUGGAUAUGUGGCUGAAAUAACACCAGACGUGGAAGAAAAGAGGUUUAGAUCAUCUUUUCACAGCGAGAAGUGGGCGAUUGCUUUUGGCGUAUUGUCAACUCCACCUGGAACUACAACAAGAGUUGCCAAAGACCUCAGAAUUUGUGUGACUGCCACAAUUUUGCCAAGGCCCUUUCUGGGGUGUACAACUGGGUGGUAGUUAUUAGAGACCGCACUCGCUUCCAUCACUUUCGUGGCGGCUACUGCUCUUGCAAUGACUACUGGUGAGGUAAAAAUGUAUUUGACACUGACCUGAAGAUUAAGGCUAAUGUGUCUAUAUAUAAUUAUAUACAGUAUGUUUGUAGAAUUAGUAGUGUAAAUGGAAUUUAAAAUGAAAAAAUAAAGAUAUAUACUCCCUUUGUUUCAUAUCGGUUCUCAUUUCAGUUACGACAAAGUUGGAGUAGUGGUGGUGGGUGGGGAGUAGAGAAACAGGAGAGUAUAAAGGUAAGUUUAUAUUCCAAACCAAAAGCCACUGUAUGUUACUUACUGCUGAACCAGCGUAUGUUUGUUUUUGUUUGCUAGUGUAAUUUCGUUUUUGGGCCCUAAAGUAUGUAAGUCCAAUUUCAUAUGUCGACCCCCAACUGUUUACUAGUUGUGGUGCAACUAGUAUUUUUCAAAAUGUAUCUGAAUUAUAGCUGAAUAUUUCAUAUUACGGAGCAUAAUUUAGAAUCUUUCAUAAUAAGGCAACUGGGAUAAUGAUCACCGAUUUAUAAAUUCAUGUGGUUUGAAUGAUGGAAGUGAAUAAAAGGCAAUGCUUUUAAAAUCACAUAACAGUGAUAUGAUUGCUUUUGUGUUUUAGCUUGGGUAAGAAUGUAAGAAUGUAAGAAUGUAAGAUGAGAGCCUAUGACACAGUUAGUUGUAGAGAUAGCAUUUCCAAGGUGAGUGUGUUUUUUGUUGCUCUGAUGCUGAAUUGUACGGAGUAUUUUUUUUAGAUUCAGGUAUCUAAAAAAAUCAGUGCAGACACUGAAGUUUCAGGCUCAAGUUCUGUCCCGGUUUGCUUUUCCAGCAUUAUGCCACCUCACAUCAUACCAUGCCUGUUACUUGCAUACUGUUAUUAUUCUGAGCAGGCUGUGGCCUUGAAGGAAAAGAUGUGUAUUUGACACAUUGGGAGGGAAUGGGUAUCAUUGGCUAAUCGACUGGAAGUCUAUGCUUAUCUCAUCUCUUUUCCAACUUUUUUUUAUCAACCUUUUGUGCCUUCCUCUACGGGAACGUCACCUCACCUAGAAAGACCAAGAACGAUGGUGAUUCUAUGUCUAUAUCAUUAUUCCUUUACGGGAUGAGGAGAGUCGUGUUUUAUGCUACGAAUGCCCCUUUUGUUCCCAGUGAUGUGUGUGGUUUGAGGCCUUAUGCUUUGCCUCAGAAAUGGAAAUAUACCUUUCUUCACUGGUUGAGAGCUCCCUCCUUGGCACAGAUGAUUAACAUUUAAGAAGAGGUCAUUGCAGUCGUGGAUACUCUUGGAUGCCAGUUGUGUUGUAAGAAGAUGUAACUUCACUUUUUGCAACAAGACUCUGCCCGCCCUUGUUUCUUUCCUACAGGGUUUCUUUUCUGGCUUUUUCAAGCUAGACUGUUGUAAAAUUUAAUACAGAGUACUUAUUUCUGUAAAUUUGCAAGAGCAGCACUAUAGAUCAUGGAUUUGGCCUAUUUCAAUCUGGUCUGUCUACGGAUCACAGUUUAUGAUGUGUUAUAGGAAUUAAGGAUAGAAUAGUAAUGAGAAGAGAAUGAUUUGUUGUAUAUUUCAUUGGAGGGUUAAGUCCCUAUAAAUAUACAUUACAAAGAUAGAAUAUUCCUUUAAGAUUCUAUACAAUAAUAAUAUCCUAGACUAUAUUCCUAAAAUAUUCUAAAGUAUAUUUGAUAAGUCCGUAUUUAGACACGCAUUCGAUGCGUGUUCAAGUCGGAUUUUGAUGAUUUUCCUGGCUUUAAGGCGUUGCAAGUCUCAAUUUUGGCUCAAGUUGUGUUUAACAGGCGUUGGAUCAAGCUUCAUUGCAUUUGGAGGUGAUUUGAAGAAGUUAAAGUCCGGCAAUCGGCGCUUGAGAGGCAUUCGGGAAGGAUUUGAAGGCGUUCGAGAGAGAUUUGGAAGAUUUGGAGGCCACCGGGAGAUUCACGACGAAAUUCUGGUGAAGAAAGAGCAUUUGGAUCGACGUCGUAGGCAUUCGGGAGCAUUCGGAACGAGAAACGAAGAAAAAUGAUGAAGAAAAGGGCAGGCACGGCCGUGCCUAGGUCAGGCACGAUCGUGCCUGCCAUCUAAAUCAACGUGAAGCUACUGGCAGCCAGACACGAUCGUGUCCGGUGCAGGCACGAUCGUGUCUGCAUAAUUUUUGCGCGUCUCUUCCGCAGGCACGGUCGCAGGCACGAUCGUGCCUGGCACCGUGCCUGGCCCCGAUUUAUCCUUUUUCAGCUCGAACUCUACUGUUUUCUAUAAAUAAGGCCUCCAUACCCACUUUUCGGGGUUACGAACAUUACGGAAAGGCCUAGGGACGAAUUUAACAACGUUUUUACGCUAUUUUCUUCCAAGACCCUGGGAUUAUUUGUAAGUUCAUCUUUUUAAUUAAUGACAAUUAUUUCUAUUCAUCUCAAU